CUUCCCUCCCCCUUCCUCCUCUCUGCUCCACGGCCGAUCGCCAUCGCCAUCGCCAUCGCCGCCCACCACCACCACCGCCACCAAAUCCGCUUCCUUCCACCGCGGACUCGCUGCCGAAAGUGGCGGUCCAAGCUCAAAAUACCUCUACUACUACCACUACCGCAAGUCACGCACAGCAGCAGCACGACAUUUCUUCCGACGCUGACGCCUCCCUGAUUUGACCCCCGGCGAUCGAUCGCUUCUCGCUCUGGACUUCUUCUGGUUUGCCGGGUCGCGCACUGUUUUGGUUCCUUCCGCUUCUUGGAGCUUUCCCCACUUGGCCGCCCGCCGAGCUUCCUCCUCAAGAGGUUUGUGCUGGAGGCCGAGAGGAUUCAUGCCAUGGCUCUUGAGACAAAACAAGUUGCUGCAUGUAUCAAGAAAGUUCUGAGGUCCUCUGUUAGAAAAAGCUACAGAUGUGUCUCUGAACAUCCAGUCCUUCUCAGUUCGGGUGUUUUGAUCUACUUAUUGUACAGAUCUUCACCGGGUUUCUUUGCAUUUCUGUUAUCAUCUUCGCCUGUAAUUAUAUGUACUACUCUUCUUCUGGGAGUCCUCCUGAGUUAUGGGGAGACAAAUCAACCUGAAGCUGGUGAGGCUGCCAAGAGUACUCCAGAGAUUUCAGAUUUUAAGCUUGGGAACUUUUCAACUGAUGUUCAGUUUGAGUCAGAUCAGAGAAUUUCAGUUCCUAGUUUUAGGAGUACCACAGAAAACCUCAAUGAAAGGGAAACUAAGAGGGUGCCGUCUGUCAGACAGAGGUCUGGUGAGCAUGGUGAUGAUGUUCCUCUUCUGAGAAGAGUUGAUGAAGAAGAUGAGAAACUUGAACACCAUGACAUACCUAAAGCAUUAACUCCAUUUCCUUCCAUGGUCAAUUUUCGUCAACAGGUUGAAGCAGGGGAUGGAUGGCUCUUUAACCAGGAAAGGGAAUACAAAGAUUCAUUCUUUAUGCCAGAAAAGGCUGAAAGGAACACUAGCUUAUUUGAAGGUCUGAACGACAAGGGUGCAUCCUUUGGCAUGUUUUCAUCCAGUGAAAAUGAAAAUGUUAUCAAACAUGCUGAAAUGGUGGAGAAUAUGAAUCAAGCAGCUAGCAAACUAAGCGAUAUAUUGGAAGAGAGGUCAAGUAAUGAGGUAGCUGGAACUAGCAGGCCAACUUAUGCUGUUUCCCUGAACCAGAAUACAGAGCCCGAUGAGCUGAAGGUUGAAACUAGCAAGGCCGUUGAGGAUAACCUCCUCGAUUCCUCACUUGGUUCACCAUGGGCAGCUGUUGGCAGUGAUGAUGGUUCAUCUGGUUUUGACUCUGAUGGGGAUGAGAGUUCUUCACCUGAUGCUUCCAUGACUGACAUCGCACCAGUCCUCGAUGAGAUUGACCCUCUUCUGGGUGCUGGUUUCACUCGUCCUGAUCCCAUUCCUAAUGAUGAUUCAGACACGGACUCACAUGUCUCCUCACAGGAUCAUCAAAGUGAUGAUGAUAGUAAUGAUGAGGAUGCCAACGACGAUGCUAAAGACAGUGGUGAGGUGAACAAGAAAGAUGAAGGACAGGAAGCUGCAUUUAUUUGGACAGCGGAUGAUGCAAAAAAUCUGAUGGAUCUUGGAUAUUCUGAGAUGGAAAGGAACCGCAGGUUGGAGAUUUUGAUGGUUAGGCGAAGAUCCAAGAAGAACAUAAUAUUUGAACUUGACAAUAAUCUGACAGAUGUCAGUAGCAACGACACUGGGAUACAUGACUUAUCACGCUUCCAUGCACAAGUAUCACAUAUCUCAGUUCCAAGGAGGAACCCAUUCGACCUACCUUAUGAUUCUGACGAAGCAGCAAUUCCUGGUUCAGCUCCUUCAAUCCUGCAUGCCAGAAAGAACCCAUUUGAUUUUCUUGACAAUUUGAGUGAAAGUGCCGUCCCUGCACAUGAUAAUUUAAGCGCUGGGGAAUCACCAGCAACUUCUCAUCGUGACAUCUUCAGAAGGCACGAGAGCUUCAACUUUGGAAGUACAAAUGCUACCCAGGCGAGACGUUCGUCUAGACUGAAGCCAUAUUUUGUCCCUGAGACAGUGGAAGGGGGCACAAGUCAUUUUGAAAGGCAGUUCAGUGAUAAGAGCGAGUCUAAAUUAAGUUCUGUUACUGAAUCUGAUAUUGCUUCUUCGGUUGCGGAUCAGGAGGAUCACAACGAACUUGAUGAAAAGGAUGUGCACAAGGAGCAUGUGUCACCAGCUCUCGCGACACAGGACAGUGACCUGGCAGAUGCUGGAAGUGAAUGCUCAGAUGGUAUCAACUCUGUGGAUGUUGAACUAGACCAUAGCGACAUUGACGAACGUGAGAUUGCUCUACAUCAUUUUGUCUUUGAAAGAUCGGAAGAAAGAGAAGCAUAUCUUACCUCCGCAAAAGGGAAGGCCCAUGAUGGAGAUUGCAUGGUCAAAUCAGAUGGAAACUCCACGAUGCCACUUAAUCCAGUCGCUGACUUGCUUAGCUGGGAAGAUGGAGAUGGUGAAAACUUCCUUGGUGCUAAGUCUUCUAUGGCCUCAGACACAACAGUUGAGUUAUCAGAAUGGCUUUCCUCUCCCAGGCCAGCUGAAGAGAACGAGUUAAGAUCAGGGGAACUUUCUCUUGGUGCGACCAAUAUAGCUGAGGAGGAUGGAAAUAUUAUUUCCAGGUCCUAUCCAAACAAUGAAAUCCCACCAGAAAUUCUGAUUCAUGGGUCGAUGGACUUGCUCACAGAUUUUGAGAAGGAAACAUUGCCUGCAAUAUCUAUGGACCUUCAUCCUAUCCCUGAAGAGAGGGUUGUCGAGAACUUCAAUAUACAAGAAAAGCAUGAAACUGCAACAUUUACUGUUAGUGGUACUGCAUUGAGUGACUUGCAUGUAAUUGAAGAGCACUUUGAUGUUGACACCGAAGUAAGCCCGAGCUCUGCGGCCGCUUCCUUGUGCCCUCCUGAAGUGAGUGACUCCAUCCAAUCUCCGGUUGAGCCUAAAGAUAUCUUAAACCCAUUUUUCUCCGUGGCUUCUGAACCUGACAGGGUAGAUAUGGUUGAUAUGAAGGAAGAAUUAACUUCAGCUUAUCUACUUGAUUCUGAUGAUGAUGCUGAUAAAAUCUAUCCUGAGCCUUUAGAGGAUAACGUUAUUGAUGAAAGUUUCCUGUCGGAAUUGGACGCGGUGGGUGACUUCCGGGUAGAACCAAUGAGACUGGAUCAGCAGGUGCCUGAUCAUAGCUUCCACACUGACAACCCUGCUGGUGGUGUUACUGAAGACUCAUUGAUUAGCCCUGAGAUUUCUGAUGACAAUACCAUGUCAGAUGCUAGUGCAUUAGACUCUCGCGAGCGAUCCCCAUCGGUCGAUUACCUAAGUGGCUCUGAUCCUGAAUUUAGUUGGUCAUUACGGACAUCUCAUGAUGACCCUGAGCAGACUGUCUACAAUCCUCGGCGAAAGAUUCUUGAAGCAAGUUCAUUUGAAGCAGUGAAUACAGAGUUGAAACUACCAGAAGUCACAGAAGUUUCUUCAGUCAACACACCGUCAGAAGCAUACUUGGUGGUUGGAGCAAGUGAACUGGGGGUUACUGAACAUGAGCCCGUGACAGGUAGAAUUGAUGCCGAGAUGACGCCUGUUGAUGCCAAGUCUCUGGACGACAUAGAGACGGCUUUUAAACAAGCGAAUGAUGGUGCUGAUGAGCCAAACCUGGACACAGCAACCUCACAUGUCUCAGAUCUUGAUGUUGAUUCAGAGCCCUUCGAGGGUUCGGAGCAGUUACAUGUCAUUGAAGCAAAAUCAGUCAAUGAUAUUUUUUCUGCUUUGGAGGAACACUCUCGCCUUGAUGUGAAUAGUUGCUUGGAACAAAACGAAGAUAAAGAUGGCUGUGGAGAGACUGCAGAAUUUGCAGCACAAGAUAAUCUUCCAGAAGGUACACAUGCUCAAAGUCUGCAUUUGGCUACAGAAGAUACGAAGCCUGAACUAAUGAAGACUGCAAGCAACAUGAGUUGUACUGAGUCAAACACCCUCGAUGACGACGUAAAUGCAGUGUUCAAGAAGCUCUCUGAUGGCCAUGAGGAGAGUACUGUGAAGACAAUGCAGUCCGAGGAUGCUUCUGUGAAAUCAGAGGGAAGUGAACAUCAAUGAAUUGCUAUCACUAGAUUGCUAAAAGAUAAAUGCAGCCGCGGAAAUGUUAACCAAGUUGGAACAGACCAUUCUUGAUUGAAAAGGUUAUUUUUGGUUAACAGACGAAUCACUCCUUUGAGAACCACGGUAUAGCUGUUCCACAUAUAGUUGCCAAUACUCAAGAUAUGAAGUUUUGCUCUAGAUUUUUGUGGAUGGUCUUUUUUUUCUCGGUUUGAGGUUUUUGACCGUUUGUAUUCAAAUUUGAUUUGUUUUGUCCUUUUUUUUAAAAUUCUCCCCUCCUCUGCCCGUAAUUUGUUUGCUCGGGCAGUGUGGUGUGGUACCAGGGAGAGAGAACAGUGGAUUCUAUCAUGUAAUGUAGAUUUCUUACGCUACUUGAUGGAACUGAGAGUUUUAUGUAAGAGCUCAUGUGCAGCUGGGAAUUAGAGGAAGUACAUAUAAGGCUAAGUGCAUUGCUUGCCGUCGAUUUUUCA